UCUAUUAAAAAAAAUUGUGAAAGUGAAACUAGGUAAUUAGGAUAAGAUUAUCUAAAUAUUUUCAUAGAAUUAUCUAGAUAACUAUAGAUAUUUAAAUUCUCAGAUUUAGUGUCAUCCAAAUUUAUAAGAAUCAUCCAAGUAGUAAGAAAUCUUCUUCUAAAUAAUAAAAAAAAUUGUUUUUUCUUUCUUUUCUAUUGGAGAUAAUUACUCCAUAUUUUCUAAUUGUUAUUGUUUUAGAUAAGCUUUAUCUUUAGCCUAUCUUUUAUCCCUUUAACUUGGGGUUUACUACUUUGUGAGUAUAUAUACUCAUCGUUUGACAUUGGGAGUCAUCGGCUGAAUAAAUUGUAUAAUCGCGGAUUACGAUCGGAUCUCGCGGCUGAGAGAACAUGGUGAUGACGGAUCCAAAAACGGAGACUUCAUCCGAUUCCAAACCUCGAAUCGAGGAAGCGCCGUUAGAGAAACUUGGAGAUUCUUCAACUGUUUUGGACGAUCCAGUGGAAUCCAGAUCUCCAAAGGAAGAGGAAGAGAAAGAAACGUUCGGGGUUUGUGUGGAGGAAGCUAAGAAGAAGAAAGAAGAUAUCGUCACCAAGUGUAGGGAAGUCUCUACUACCUUGUGUGAAUGUGUGGAUGCUCACUUCGAUUAUUACGAGCCUAUUCUUAUAGUGGCGAAAGUUUUUGAAGAAGAGACGAAGAAGGAGAUGGAAGCCGAGAAGAACAAGGUCCAAGAAGAAGACAUCUCUGAAGAGGAAGAAGCUAGCUCAGGGUUGUUGACUAAGAGUAUAGGUUAACUUUUUUAAUGGUUUGUUUGCUUAUCAAUAUUGGAUUUUGGGGAUAAAAGUUAUGUUGUUAGAUUCAAAAACUACUUACAACUCUUGUUUUCUUUUCUUGUUUCCUAAGCUACUUCCUCAUUUGAAUGUGUUUUGUUUCUUAUGAAACAGACAAGGUCAUAUAUUUUUGCUUA